GCGAAAGGCCACUACCAAGAUUUUUUCAGAAUCGUAUCUUUGGUUUUAAAGAAACAUUGUGUUGCAAAACAAAGUUUGCUUUUAAGCAAGAUCCAAUUCCUUUUUUUUCCUGACAGAUUUUUUGACAGAUCCUUGAGAAGUGGAACCAGUUUCUACGGACUUUUCUUGGUGAUUCUAGUUGAUUUCGUUUAGAGUGUAAAAGUCAGUAUCAUUAAAGGGAUCUAAUUGCCAUUGUAAAUAUGAAAAACAAGUACUCCCCUAUUUCAGAUUCUGAUGACUCUUCCAAAACGCUCAAUGAUGAAAAGGCAGAUAGUCGGUCGUCUCCUUCAGAUGGUACGCCUCCUCCGUAUACAGCUUCAAACAAAUUUAUAGAUCUAGAAAUGGCUCCUGAAACAGAAGAAAGUUCUAAAAAGAAAAGAUAUCUGACGCCUCGUGAAUUAGCAUUUGUUUUUGCUAUUUUUAUUGUAUAUAAUGUAUGCUUAAUUAUUGCGAGGGUCAUUCUUCUUGUUUACGAAAUUCCGUUUAAUCAGCUUGCCGUUUGGGUACUUUUUGGCGUUUGGUGCGCUCUAUUUCUGUCAUUGACAAUUGUAAUAACUCAAAUGCCUAAAGAAUGGUUCACGCAAGCUGGAAGAGCAACAAAGAAAGUGGCACCAGCUGUGUGUAAAGCCCUAAUUAUGCUGAUAAGUUUGAAUGGAGUCGGUGGUUGCGUUUUGAAAUUAUCAGGUGGAUUUGAAUAUAUACAUUCAGCUGCGGUGUCGGUGGUUUUGGCAGUACUGAACAUAUGCUUCUUUGUACUUCUCAUUCAUAACCCAGAUCUAAUUGAAGAUCAUGUGCCUACACGUCUAAAUAGAAUUAGCAGGAAUGGUCCACCUCGUAACGAAGAGAUCGAACUUCAACCUCUUGCUGAGCAAAGGGCUAAUGUUUGAGCUUUUGAUUUUUUAUUUAUGAUCUUACUGAGAAUGCUUUACUUCUUUGUAGUUUGCCACUUCUUUGGGAGCAUCCGUGUACAUUGCUGUCCAUCAAGUGCAUUCGAGUUCACAAACGCAAGGAUCAGACGGGUCCAGCAGAGUUUUAUUGCUUUUCUCAUUCACUCUUUCAUGAAUCUUUUUAAUUCGUCUCGCAAUAUCGUUGUUUACGUAUCGUUCAUUUUCUUCGUGAGUAGAAUCGAACACCCUUUUUAAUGAUUAUUUACAUAUUUUGACGAAAAUUUCCAUUGCAAUAAACUAUUGUUUAGCUCAACACAGUGUCGUGUAAUUGCACGUCUUUCAUAAACGGUAGUCAAGGCCGAAAUAUUGCGAUGUAAUCAUACAGAAGAGUGUUUGCUUCAAAAUGUAAACAAGAAAGUCCUUACUGGAACACACUGAAUUACUAGUAAUCUUACAGACAGGAACAAACGUCUACGGCCGCAUCUAGGCAAAAACACCAGACCAGUUCCCGUUCGAUGACUGCAGUAAAGCAUCUGAGGGUCUCGUUAGUUUCGUGCUAUGGUUGGAGACAACAUGGAAAUCCGGGGUGCCGUAGGCUUCUCCUUUUUUGCGUUUCUCUUGUUUUGUCUGAUAAAUUUUUAGCUGAUUCCUAUUCAUCGUAAUUGAGCCUCUUAUCGCCAUACUUUCUCACUUAUACAAAAAAAAAUAUCUCUGCAACGUUCUUUUUUAAUUACAAUUCAAAAAAAAUAUGGGAUGAAAAAAAUAAAUUAAAUGAAUGUGGUAACGUAACACCAAGGAUAUUCGUAUUAGAUCAAUAUCUUCUCUUUGUCUGUCAUUCAUUCAUUAAGGUGAAAUAGACGGGAUUUCUGGGAGGAGAUAUCUUAUAUAACGAUUCCCGCGUACAUCCAGAGUGGGAAUGGUCCUCUUCGGUAUGUAGUCAAGCAAGGGGCUGUGCCAAUGUAGCUUAUGCAUACCCUCAAGCGAGAUUGGUAUAUGGGAGUACCGAUGAUGUAGACUUAAUUGAAGAGCAAGCUUUCCAAGGCUGAUAUUGUCUUUCAUUCUGCUGCUAGUGAUGAACAUGUACCAUCAGCAAGAGCAAAUCGUUCGAGGCUUGAGUCGUCGCCAAGCCAAGAAUCCUGCCUGCUAUAUUCAUACUUCUCGUGCAUUGGCUCUCACGGAAGAGACUUUAUUCACCGGAAAUUAUGGAGAGUGUUUUGACACGAUUUACGACGAUUAGGAUCAUGUUCCAAAUCAUGCAUCCCAUUGCAAGGUAGAUAAAGUUGUUUGUCUGCGGAUCCUGCCAAGUCAUAACGGCCAUUGUCGCUCCGGCUGUCAUAUAUGCCAUAGGUCGGGGACCGGAUAAGGAGAAUUAGUUUCCGUUAUUUGAGUUAUUUUUCAAAACAAAUAGAUCAAGGUGGUUGAAAAAGGUGAUAACAUUUGGCAUAAUAUCCAUCUGCAGGAUUUAAGCAAACUCCACGUGCUACUGGCAGAAGCUGCUGUGAAUGGUAGUGAACGUGCCACUUGAAACGAAAAAAGGUAUUACCUAGCAGAAAAUGGUUUUUAUGUGAAUCAAGGAAUGCUGCGGUUGGCUGCCAAGGUCUCAUGCAAGAAAGGCUUUAUUCGGCCGCUAGGUAUUGAAUACAUGAUUGUAGAGGAAAGCGAAAGGAGGCUUCUAGGCUGGGAACCCAACAUGCCAAGCUUUAAAGACAAGCUCGAGAAUGCUUUGGAUACGGACGCACGGUAAUUGGAACUCGUCUAGAAGGUUAUUAAAACCUUGAUAUAUAUCCAUCCUAAACCUGCACAGAUCUGGGUUCCAUAUUUCUUCGAGAUCGUCUCUACCUAAUCUUAACAUUCGGGGACCUGCUAUUGUGCAACUAUUUUUUUGCAGGAUUUUCUCCUACCUUUGUUCUUUCCUUUUUAUUGAAGGUAUAUGCCUGUCGUUUUUGAGAGGCAUGGACCUUUGACUAAGGUGAUACUAAAGCGGAAGCAAAAAAAGCAAUGGUUAUCCUUGAAUCAAUAAUUAAAUUCUUAUUAACUCUAUUAAACAAAUUAAAAAGAAUUAGGAAUUAAGAGUUUUAGAAGAAUAAAUAACAACCAACAUGCGAAUUAGAAAGAACCAACUAGAGAGUCAACAAUCCAUAUCAUCCUGCGACGACCUCACUUUUUCAUUGCUCAAAGC